UAUAUAUAUUUUUUGUUCGCAAUAUUUUAACUGUAACGUCUUGAAACCACAAUAUAAACAAAUCCAAGUGUAGUGCUGCUGCCGCGAAAUGUGUUAAAAUUUAUAUAACACUGAUUUUUUAGUAAAACUAAAAAGUAUCACUCACUACCAAAUUCGAAUUAUUGUUAAAAAUAAGCAUUUCUUCUUCAAAAUUAGCUUAAUGAUGCAAGCUAAUCGAGUUUUGAAAUCUAGACUUCUGUGGAAGUCUUGUCCCAGUCAAAUAAAAUCAUUUUGCUCUCUGGUUCAACCUAUUAAAAUUCAAGAAAGGCCUGCUUACCCUGAAUAUGCUAAAAAGAAACCUGACAUACCUUCUUCAUCAGAAUUAAAACCUCUUUAUUUAGAUGUUCAAGCAACUACACCUGUUGAUCCCAGGGUUUUAGAUUCAAUGCUGCCAUAUUUUAUAUCAAAUUAUGGAAAUCCUCAUUCAAGAACUCAUGCAUUUGGCUGGGAAAGUGAAGCUGCUGUUGAGAAAGCCAGAAAACAAGUAGCUGAAUUAAUUGGUGCUGAUGAUAAAGAUGUAGUUUUUACAAGUGGAGCUACUGAAUCAAAUAAUAUGGCUGUGAAAGGUGUUGCUCAUUUUUAUCAAGAAAGGAAGAAACAUAUAAUAACAUCUCAAAUAGAACAUAAAUGUGUUUUAGAUUCUUGCAGAGUAUUAGAGACUGAAGGAUUUGAUGUUACUUAUUUACCUGUUCGGGAAAAUGGCAUUAUAGACCUAAAAGAAUUAGAGGAUGCUAUUCGUCCUGACACUUCAUUAGUUUCUAUUAUGAUGGUUAAUAAUGAAAUUGGAGUUCUACAGCCUGUUAAAGAAAUUGGUGCAUUAUGCAGGUCAAAGAAAAUAUUCUUUCACACUGAUGCAGCUCAGGCAGUUGGAAAAAUACCUGUCAAUGUUAAUGAAAUGAAUAUUGAUUUAAUGUCUAUCAGUGGACAUAAAAUCUACGGACCAAAAGGUAUCGGAGCAUUGUAUGUAAGGCGCAGACCACGUGUUCGAGUCCAGCCUCUUCAAAGUGGAGGUGGUCAAGAAAGAGGCAUGCGAAGUGGAACAGUACCUACCCCAUUAGCUGUUGGACUUGGUGCUGCUUGUGAAAUAGCAGGAAGGGAAAUGGAGUAUGAUCGAAAAAGAACUGACAAGCUUUCAAAGAGGUUAAUUGAUGGUAUUAUGAAUGCUGUGCCUAAUGUUGUUCGGAAUGGAGAUUCUGUACAAAACUACCCAGGCUGUGUAAAUCUUUCAUUUGCAUACAUUGAAGGGGAAAGUCUAUUGAUGGCAUUAAAAGAUGUUGCUUUAUCUUCUGGCAGUGCUUGUACUUCAUCUUCUUUAGAACCAUCUUAUGUGUUAAGAGCUAUUGGUAGUGAUGAAGAUUUAGCUCACUCGUCAAUUAGAUUUGGAAUUGGUAGAUUUACUACAGAAGAAGAAGUGGAUUACACUGUAGAAAAAUGUAUUUACCAUGCAACAAGACUGAGAGAAAUGAGUCCUUUAUGGGAGAUGGUCCAAAAUGGCAUUGAUAUAAAAUCAAUUCAAUGGUCUCAGCAUUAAAGCUGAAUCACUUUUUCAUUAAUAAAGGAACAUGGUGGAGUUUGACUGUGAUAAAGUUUCGUUUACCAAUGAGUCAGCCUUUGCUUGUCAAAUGCCUCUUUUUGUAUAUAGUAAAUCAGAUUUUUUAAUUUGAUUAUUUGAAAAGUUUUUAGAAUUGUUUAUUACAAUUAAUGUAAUAUAUUUUUUUAUCAGGUUCAUUACCUGCUUGAAAUAUCCAGGAAAGAUAAGAAAUUUUAAUAUCACUAAACUGUUUCUUUUCAAAGUAACUCUUAUUGCUUUUUUUAGUUGACUGAAACAUUUGUAUUUUGUUAAUGUUACAUUUCUUUUUUGUUAAAAAAAAUAAAUAUUAAACAAGUUGU